GCCAUAUAAAUACUGAAUCCGAACUCUGAAUAAAUCAUUAAUAUUUAGACAUCAACAUGAGAUCAUUGGUCGUAGUGUUUUUCUGCUGUGUAGCGGUGACUGCUGCUCGAAACAUCAAAGAACUUUUUGGUAUCCUUGGAGGAGCCCAAUUUAAUACUGAUUGUGGGCCAAACGAAGAGUUUGACUGCGUACAUCCAUGUCCUCCACUGAAGACUUGUGCAGACCGAGAAGACUAUUAUUGUCCUGCUGUAGUGAUGCCCUGUGCAUUCCAAUGUGUCUGCAAACCGGGAUUCUAUUUGAACAAACCGGGCGGCGAGUGUGUCACAGAAAAACAGUGCGAUAAAUGUCCUGGUGAGCACGAACACUAUGCUUGCGGAGGGCCAUGCGACGAUGUUUGCAGCACACUACAUGUUCAGAACAAGACUACUUGUGCCUUCACUGAAUGCCAACCUUCUUGCUACUGUGAUGACGGAUACGCAAGAAAUGACUCUGGAAUCUGCAUACCUAUUGAAGAAUGCACUAAUGCGGUGACUGCUCAGGACAUCGAAGAACGUCCUACCGAUAUCCCGAUUUCCCAAGAUAAUAAUGGUUGUGGGCCAAACGAAGUGUUUGACUGCAUUUAUCCAUGUUCUCCACAACAAAUGACUUGCGGGGACCAUGAAGAAUAUUUUUGUCCUGAUGUAGUAACGGGCUGUGAUUUCCAAUGUGCCUGCAAACCGGGAUUCUACUUGAACAAACCGGGCGGCGUGUGUAUCUCAGAAGAAGAAUGCAAUAAAUGUCGUGGUGAGCACGAACACUAUGCUUGCGGAGGGCCAUGCGACGAUGUUUGCAGCACACUACAUGUUCAGAACAAGACUACUUGUGCCUUCACUGAAUGCCAACCUUCUUGCUACUGUGAUGACGGAUACGCAAGAAAUGACUCUGGAAUCUGCAUACCUAUUGAAGAAUGCCGUACAGUGUUCUCCAAACUUGAUGGCGGCCCGCACCUAGCUUCAACGUUGACUAUUGUUCAGGACUUCGAAGAACUUCCUCACAAUAUGGAUAUCAAAAUUCCCCAAGAGAAUAAUGGUUGUGGACCAAACGAAGUGUUUGACUGCGUUUAUUCAUGUUCUCCACAAAAGACUUGCGGGGACCGUGAAGAAACUUAUUGUCCUGAUGUAGUAAUGGGCUGUGAUUUCCAAUGUGUCUGCAAACCGGGAUUCUACUUGAACAAACCGGGCGGCGUAUGUGUCACAGAAGAACAAUGCAAUAAAUGUCCCGGUGAGCACGAACACUAUGCUUGCGGAGGGCCAUGCGACGAUGUUUGCAGCACACUACAUGUUCAGAACAAGACUACUUGUGCCUUCACUGAAUGCCAACCUUCUUGCUACUGUGAUGACGGAUACGCAAGAAAUGACUCUGGAAUCUGCAUACCUAUUGAAGAAUGCGGUACUUUAGAUGAACCCAGCUGUGGACAAAAUGAAGAAUAUACAGAUUGCAUAAAUCCUUGUUUGAAUGAAACUUGUUCUGCGAUUGGGAACCAAGAAAAAUGUGACAGCAAAAUUCCUUGCAAACCGGGCUGUGUUUGCAUGGAAGGCUACUUCAGAAAAAAUCAAGAUUCUUCUUGCGAACCUGCCUGUUCAUGCCCAGAAAAAAAAGAUUCACCGGAUUGCCUUCAUUGGCAAACUUGGUUUAUAUAAGUAGUGUUCGUUCAUUUUUGUGUCUUUGAAUGUAGAUUUAUUUUACAAGUUUGCAUUGUGAACAUAAGUUUGUGAAUUGAAU